GCUCCGGCGGCUGCAGUGGCGCGGCGGCGCCUCCGGGUGUCGCUGUUGGCCGCCGCCGAGCGGCGCUGGAGCCGCCGCCGCCGCCGCCGCAGCGUCCUGCCCCCGCAGGCUGCUCGCUCGCCCGGCGCCGGCCACAGCGGCAGCGGCACCGCCGCCAGCAGCAGCGGCGAGAGGCGGCGAGAGGCGGCGCGGCGAGCUCGCAGCCUUUGAGCGGUGUGUGUUGUGGGCGGCGAGAGCGGCUGGAAGGGAGGCAGGGCAGCGGCAGGAGGCAGGAGCGCGGCGAGCGCUGCGGGCAGAGAAUGGCGGUGAGGCGGCGGCAGAGGCUUGGGCCGGGCGGCGGGCGAGCGCUGCUGGCCGCGGUGCUGCUGUGCGUGUGGGGCCGGGCGGCGGCCGAGCGGGUCCGCUACGCCAUCCCCGAGGAGCUGGGCAGAGGCUCGCUCGUGGGGCCGCUGGCGCGGGACCUGGGGCUCAGCGCGGACGAGCUGCCGGCGCGCAAGCUGCGGCUGAGCGACGAGAAGCAAUACUUCACGGUGAAUGAGGAGAACGGGAACCUGUACGUGAAUGAGAGGCUGGACCGGGAGGAGAUGUGCGGCGAGUCGGCGACCUGCUCCGUCAGCUUCGAGGCGCUGGUGCACAACCCGCUGAACGUCUUCCGCAUCGAGGUGGAUAUCCAGGACGUGAACGACAACGCGCCGCGCUUUCUGCAAGACAGUUUUCAACUGGAGAUCAACGAAUUUACUUCUCCCGGUGCCCGAUUUUACUUGGGCAUAGCAGAGGAUAGGGACGCAGGGAUUAACUCGCUACAAGGCUAUGAGCUGGAGGUCAACGGGUAUUUCGCGGUGGAGGUGAAAGAGAGCCAGGACGGCAGCAAAUCCGCAGAGCUGGUGCUGCGCCACUCAUUAGACCGAGAGAGCGAGCCGAGCUUGCGUCUGCUGCUGACGGCUGUGGACGGCGGAGAGCCGCCCCGGACUGGCACCGCCCAGCUCUGGAUCAACGUCACAGACGCCAAUGACAACCCACCCGUGUUCGCGCAGGAUCGGUACCGCGUCAGCCUGCGCGAGGACACGCCUCCGGGAUCGACGGUGCUGAACGUGUCUGCCUCUGAUGCUGAUACAGGCACCAACGCCCACAUCACCUACGGCUUCGGAAAAAUGCCGGCUAAAUUGCUUCAGAAGUUCACAGUACAUGCCGACACAGGCACGAUCACGCUGCAGGAGGCGCUGGACUAUGAGGACACGCGCGCGUUCAGCCUGGCUGUGGUGGCGAAGGAUGGAGGGGGUUUGGUGGCGCACUGCAAGGUGGAGGUGGAGGUGCUGGACGUGAAUGACAAUUCUCCUAAGAUAACAAUUCUUUCGCUCUCGAGCCCGGUGCCAGAGGACACGGCAGUCGGCACCGUGGUGGCUCUCUUGAACGUAAAUGACCCGGACUCGGGUGAGAACGGUCAGGUGUGGUGCGAGCUGUCGGGAGAGGCGCCGCUGUCGAUCGUGGCGUCGUCGGGCGGCUCGUACAAGGUGGUGACGACGGGCGCGCUGGACCGGGAGCAGGCGUCGGAGCAUGGCGUGACGGUGGUGGCCCGGGACCGGGGCAGGCCGGCGCUGUGGAGCAGCAGGGAGCUGGUGCUGGAGGUGUCGGACGUGAACGACAACGCGCCGGUGUUCGAGGAGGCGGCGUACAGCGCGUACGUGGCGGAGAACAACGCUGCGGGCGCGCUGGUGCUGCGCGUGCAGGCGCGGGACGCGGACGCGGGCGCCAACGGGCGCGUGAGCUACUGGCUGGCGGGCGGCAGCGCGGGCGCGGCGGGCGCGGCGCCGCUCGUGUCGGUGGAGGCGCGGAGCGGCGCGCUGUACGCGCAGCGCUCCCUGGACUACGAGCAGUGCCGCGAGUUCACGGUGGCCGUGCGGGCGCAGGACGGCGGCUCGCCGGCGCGCAGCUCCACGGCCACGGUGCGCGUCUUCGUGCUGGACCGCAACGACAACGCGCCCAGGGUGCUGUGGCCGGCGGCGGCGGCGGCGGCGGGAGAGGCGGCGGGAGGGGCGGCGACGCCUUUCGAGGUGGUGCCGCGUUCGGCCGAGGCCGGCUACCUGGUGGCCAAGGUGGUGGCGGUGGACGCGGACGCGGGGCGCAACGCGUGGCUGUCGUACGAGCUGGUGCAGGCGUCGGAGCCGGCGCUGUUCCGCGUGGGGCUGCACAGCGGCGAGGUGCGCACGGCGCGCGCCGUGUCCGAGCGGGACGCGGCCAAGCAGCGUGUGGUGGCCGUGGUGAAGGACCACGGGCAGCCGGCGCUGUCGGCCACGGCCACGCUGCACGUGGUGCUGGCCGAGAGCUUGCAGGAGGCGCUGCCGGAGCUGAGCGAGCGGCCGGCGGGCGCCGAGGAGGAGGCGGCGGCGGCGGCCGAGCUGCAGUUCUACCUGGUGCUGGCGCUGGCGCUGCUGUCGGCGCUCUUGGUGCUGAGCGUGGCGCUGGCCGUGCUGGCGCGGCUGCGCCGGGCCGGGCCGCCCGCCGUGCUGCGCUGCCUGGGCGCGCAGCGCUUCUCGCUGGCCGGCGCCGCCUUCCCGGCCGACUUCUGCGAGGGCACCUUGCCCUACUCCUACAACCUGUGCGUGGCGGCGCCGGCCCGCGCCGUGCCCGAGGCCGCUUGGCCGCCGCCGCCGGUGCCGGUGCCCGUCCUGUCGGCGGAGGAGCUGCUGGGCGGCGAUUCCUGCGAGAAGCCGAGCCCCAACAGUGACCUCGUCGUUGGAGAUCCUCCCGCCGAGCCGGAUGCACCGCAGGUCUGUAAAGGCUGGGCUUCUCUUUUUAAAAGUUUCCGAAUGGUCGUCAUUUCCCCCUGGGUAUUCUCUGCAUGGUCUCAGUGGGUAUUCGUCAUUUGUAUCCUCAAGUAGCGGCCGAAUUUUUUAAUUUUUCUCGGUAAGAGCUUCAGCUGGCAGCCUUUGAUUAUAGCUCUCCUUUGGGCUAGUAGCAGCGCUUCUCAGUGUUUGUCCAUGCUUCCCGGAAUCGUGUUUGUGUGAGUUGCACAGUCCUGUUUCCGUGACGGACUGAAUUAGGGAACGGGCUGCACCUCGUUCACGGAGAGCAGGAAGCACUUGGUUCUUCCUUGGGCAUAGGUUCAGCUUCAGGUGCGAGGUUUUGUCUUCAACACUCGAGCUCUGUACAUUAGAAUUUGUUACCAACAUUGAAUGCAGAUUCGUAUUUCUGUGGAAGAUGAAUGGCUGAUUCUGUAUGAUUGAGUGGAGGAGAAAAAAAACCAAGAAAGCAGUGAGACCUGGUGUUGGAGCUUUUAUCCUUCUGGACUGAUUUGUUCAGAAAGGGUGUGCUUGGAACUCGUGUAUAGCUUUAUCCAAACCCGUUUUUAAAACUCUGUUUUGUCCCUGUUCGAUUUAGAAGGGAAACGAAUUUGGAAAGUUCCAUUCUCUAUCCUGAGUGAAAAAGGAGAUUGUCACCCGUUUUGUAGCGGGGGGGUUGUGCAGUAGUGGGACUAGAUGACUCCGGUUUUGCUUCCUUAGUGGCUCUGUUUUGCUCUUCAAGAUCUUUAUUUCGUACAAUGGUGAGAGUGUUGAAAGAUUUCUGUUUCUGAGAUUUUUAUUUUUAUAUCCUUUUUUCACAAUAAUACUGGGGCGUUUAGUAGACCUCGCAAAUAUUAAGAACAGCAAAUGUUUGCAGUUCUGUUUACUCGGAUAAGCAUCUGAGAUGCGAAUGGAUCCCAUAUAAGGGAGAUUGGCCAGAGGACGGUUUAGGCACUUGAAUGAAGCCCAUUUGCACAUUGAAUAGUGGUCAGCUCAGUUUCAAGAGUUUUAAAUUUUUUCUACGGUUCCGUGAUUUUCUUCAACACAUAUCGUAUCAUCGUCCUUAACAAAU